AUGGCUAUCGAUCAGACACCCUCCAAGAAAGCAGCAGCUGCCCUCACUGACCUCGACCUUUCGAAAGGCGAUGUGCCUGACUUGCGAGCCCAGCUCGAGGCUCGUAACGGCGCGAAGCAGGCACUGGUCUCUGAGCCCAAGAGGUCUGCUGUCGACGAGGCCCUUGCCCGUCCUAUUGAUGAGGCCCACCACGCUGAACGUCGCCGUCUCCAAGACUGUGAGAAGGAUGAGCCCAUCCUCAAGGAGAACCCCGGCCGCUUCGUGCUCUUCCCUAUCAAGUACCACGAGAUUUGGAGCGCCUACAAGAGGGCCGAGGCUUCUUUCUGGACUGCUGAAGAGAUUGAUCUUGGCAAGGACAUGCACGAUUGGGAGAACCGCAUGAACGAAAAUGAGCGCUACUUUAUUUCUCGCGUUCUCGCCUUCUUUGCCGCCUCUGACGGUAUCGUCAAUGAAAAUCUCGUCGAGCGUUUCUCCGGCGAGGUCCAGAUCCCCGAGGCCAAGUGUUUCUACGGUUUCCAGAUUAUGAUCGAGAACAUUCACUCUGAGACCUACUCCCUCCUCAUUGAUACCUACAUCAAGGACCCUAAGGAAGCCGACCACCUGUUCCGCGCCAUCGACACUAUUCCCUGCAUUGCGAAGAAGGCGAACUGGGCUCUCAAGUGGAUCAGUGACGAGACCUCUACUUUUGCUGAGCGUCUUGUUGCGUUCGCUGCCGUCGAGGGUAUCUUCUUCUCGGGUUCUUUCGCAUCCAUCUUCUGGCUCAAGAAGCGUGGCCUCAUGCCCGGUCUCACCUUCUCCAACGAGCUGAUUUCUCGUGACGAGGGUAUGCAUACCGAUUUUGCCUGCUUGCUUUACUCUCAUCUCGUGAACCGUCCCAAGAAAGAGAUCGUCGAGCGCAUCAUCACCGAGGCGGUUGCCAUCGAGCAGGAGUUCUUGACUGAGGCUCUGCCCGUCUCCCUGCUUGGCAUGAACUCCAAACUUAUGUGCCAGUACAUUGAGUUUGUUGCCGACCGUCUGCUUGUUGCUCUCGGCCUCAACAAAAUCUACAAUUCCACCAACCCGUUCGACUUUAUGGAGAACAUUUCUUUGUCCGGUAAGACCAACUUCUUUGAGAAGCGUGUCUCCGACUACCAAAAGGCCGGUGUUAUGAGCAAACACAAGGAGGAGUCUAACGGCUUCGCUCUUGAUGAGGAUUUCUAA